GUUUAGGAUUAGGUCCCUCCCUUAUACAGCUGAUAUAAAUGUGCGAGUGCAUCAGUUGAGGAGCUCAGAGAGAUAAUGGCUAUUGUCGAGUCGCUGCUGCAGUUUCCCAGCACAGGUACAUUACUGGGAGCUUUGCUGUUGCUUCUGGUUUUGUAUUUGCUUUCCUCUGGAUCUAAAUCUCAGAAAGAAGGGAAAGAGCCACCGGGACCCAAACCACUGCCGCUGCUGGGGAACCUGCUGACCCUUGACCUCACGAGACCCUUUGACACCUUUUUUGAGCUGUCUAAAACCUACGGGAACAUAUUUCAAGUGUUUUUGGGUCCCAAAAAAUCUGUAGUCUUAGUUGGAUACAAAACUGUCAAAGAAGCUCUUGUGAACCAUGCAGAAGAGUUUGGUGACAGAGAUACUAGAGCUGGUUUCAGAUUAAUGAACAGAGAGCAUGGGAUCAUCUUUUCCAAUGGAGAGAACUGGAAAGAGAUGCGACGCUUCGCUCUCAGCAACCUGCGGGACUUUGGGAUGGGCAAGAGAGGAAGUGAAGAGAAAAUCAUAGAGGAAAUUCAGUAUCUGAAUGGAGAGUUUGAUAAGUUUGAAGAGAAACCCUUCGACACGACACAGCCUGUGAACUACGCUGUGUCAAACAUCAUCUCAUCUAUCGUGUACGGCAGCAGAUUUGAAUACACAGACCCUCAAUUCACUGAAAUGGUCGACAGAGCAAACGAAAAUGUUCGGGUUGGUGGAUCGACUUCAAUGAUGCUGUACAACAUAUUUCCAUGGUUGGGUCCAUUCCUGAAAAACAAAAAGAUUAUUAUACACAAUAUUCUGCAAAAUAGACAACAGAUGACGAAUUUGAUCAAUGGGCUUCUUGAGACUCUGAAUCCACACGACCACAGAGGGUUUGUCGACUCCUUUCUCAUCCGUAAACAGAGCGAAGAGAAAUCUGGCAAGAAAGACUCGUACUUUCACCAGGACAAUCUUAUGCUGACGGUGGGAAAUCUCUUUGUCGCUGGUACUGACACCACAGGAACGACUCUGCGCUGGGGUCUGAUGCUUAUGGCCAAAUACCCUCAUAUACAGGAUCGAGUUCAGGAGGAGAUUAACAGAGUGAUCGGUGGACGUCAGCCAGUGGUGGAAGACAGAAAGAAAUUACCAUACACAGAUGCUGUGAUCCACGAAACUCAGAGACUUGCCAACAUAGUACCCUUGAGUCUACCACAUAUAACCAGCUGCGAUGUUACCUUCAAUGGAUACUUCAUCAAGAAGGGCACCACUGUAGUUCCUCUGCUGACGUCUGUUUUGAAGGAUCCAAGCGAAUGGGAGAAACCAAACAGCUUUUACCCAGAACACUUCCUUGGUGAGAAGGGCCAGUUCGUCAAGAGAGAUGCUUUCAUGCCCUUUUCUGCAGGACGCAGGGUUUGUCUUGGAGAGAGUCUGGCCAGGAUGGAGCUCUUCUUGUUCUUCACCUCCCUUCUUCAGAGCUACCGCUUCACAACUCCACCAGGAGUGUCUGGAGAUGAUCUGGAUCUCAAAGGAGUUGUCGGAAUAACUUUAAAUCCAUCGCCACACAAACUGUGUGCGAUCAGACGCUCCUGAAUGAAGAAAAUAUGAACAGAAAUCACAGAAACAAAACUCACCUUGUAUGAUUUUGGAUGAUUUUUACACUUGUUUUACGGUACCUAUUCUUCUGAGUGAAUAUAUAUGUAAAUAAUAAUGAACGAUGUGUGUAAAGCCACGUUUAUAAAACUUAAAAGAUAAGAGCUUGAAUAGAAAUGAAACAUUUUGAGGCUAAAUUAUAAUCAAUGAAGAAUGUUGUUACUGAUUGUUCGGAUAGAAGUGCGAGCGCUCUUUCACAGAGCAUGGGCAGAAAGCAUACGGCGGCAUCAAAUUUUUCCAUAAUUUUGACAUUUUAAAGCAUUUUUUUCUUAUGUAGUGGAAAUGUGAUUCCUUACAUUUAACAUUGAUACACCAAAAAUUGUGUUGAGAUAAAAGUUCAAAUCUACCAUCAGUCCUUCAUACGUGAUUUAUGACA